GUCAAUGGAAGAAAACAAAGUCAAAUAGAAUAAGAUUACAACGAAUUCCAUUUCCUACCUUGUCCGCAGCCAUACCAUACCUUACAACGUUUGGUGAAAUCAACCAACCAAGUUUAACAUUACACAACACGCAUUUCAAUUUCAAUGUUAUCAAUUCCUUUUGGAUUAAGCUUGCUUAACCACACAUGAUUAGGUUAUUGAUUCAUCUUCUUCGAAAUUAAAGAUGAUUAGCGUGUACCCUUUUGAGCAAAGUUUGUGAAUUUAUCAAAAAGAUAAGAUUUUGCGGCGAAUUUAAGGAUGAGUGGAGAGGAUGAAGACCCAGAAGAAAAAGCUUUGAAUUUGAAGCGAAAGCGAAAUUCUUUUUCUUCUUCACGUUUCAAUAAUUUUCAACGCGAUCUUAUGGCUGGUGCGGUGAUGGGUGGUGCGGUUCAUACAAUUGUGGCACCAAUUGAGAGGGCUAAGUUAUUGUUGCAGACACAAGAAAGUAAUUUGGCUAUUGUUGCUAGUGGUAGAAGAAAAUUCAAAGGGAUGUUUGAUUGUAUUAUUCGUACCGUUAGGGAAGAAGGUGUUAUCUCUUUAUGGCGUGGUAAUGGGAGUAGUGUUCUUCGUUAUUAUCCUUCUGUUGCACUCAAUUUCUCUCUUAAGGAUCUUUACAAAAGCAUAUUAAGGGGUGGAAACUCUAAUCCUGAUAAUAUUUUCUCUGGAGCAUCCGCUAAUUUUGUUGCUGGAGCAGCAGCAGGUUGUACAUCACUCAUCUUGGUUUACCCCCUUGAUAUUGCACACACCCGCCUUGCCGCUGACAUCGGAAGGACGGAAGUGCGUCAAUUCCGAGGCAUUCACCAUUUCUUAGCCACUAUAUUCCAGAAAGACGGGGUACGGGGGAUUUACAGGGGCCUUCCUGCAUCACUGCAUGGUAUGGUGAUACACAGAGGUCUUUACUUCGGAGGGUUUGACACCAUAAAAGAGAUGUUGUCUGAAGAAUCAAAACCCGAGUUGGCGUUGUGGAAGCGAUGGAUGGUAGCUCAAGCAGUUACAACCUCAGCCGGUCUGGUAUCGUAUCCGCUAGACACAGUUCGUCGGAGAAUGAUGAUGCAGUCUGGCAUGGAACAUCCGGUGUACAAUAGCACCCUCGACUGCUGGAGGAAAAUCUAUCGAACAGAGGGAUUGAUUUCGUUUUACCGCGGGGCAGUUUCGAAUGUGUUUAGGAGCACUGGAGCUGCAGCUAUCUUAGUCUUGUAUGAUGAGGUCAAGAAAUUUAUGAACUUGGGAAGGUUGUAACAGAAGCACCAAACCAACUUAGUUAACUGAGUUCAUUUUGAUACCGGUUACUUUCAUUACAACCUUUUAUACAUUACAUCGAGGUUUAGGAUAAUUUUGUAAAGUACAAGUGAGCUCCAUUAUAGUUCAUUUGAAAAUGCAUCUUGAAUGGCAUUUCAACUCAAAGGCAGCAUAGUCACCAAUUUAAAAAGGUUAGUUAAGCAAAUAUUGUCAUGGCCCAGGGACUAGAUUAGAAGCCAAUGAUUGAUGAGGGUGUAGUAAUAAGAUUAUGAUUGGAAUAUAAAAAUUUGACAACUGUCAUCAUUCCUUGUAAACUAUUGUAUUUGAUAAUUUUUUGAAUAAGUAUGAUAGAUCAGCAACUAA